GUGGACGCAAAAUCGCCGGCAAAGGAAGCACCUCCACCACCACCACCGCCACCACCACCACCGCCUCCUCCACCACCACCAUCGAAGCCGGCAACAAGACCAAAAUAUCAAUACAAAAACGAUCAUGCUGACAAUAAAAAUAAUAUUGGUUUCAUUUAUACCUAUCCCAACAACGAAAUGAAACUAAACGCAAUGUCAACGAACACUCAAGAGGAAAAGAAGGAUGUUGCCGUUCCUGUAGAGAGCAAUUUCGAGCGAGUUGUACGCAUGAUGCUGCUAAUGAGAUGUUGGGUGAAACAAAUGCGGAACCGAAGAAAGAAGCAGGAAAAAAGCCCUGAUCUCGAAAAUAUACGCCGUGUAUUUGAGCCAGCUGCCCAUGUUAAUGAAGUAAAAGAGAAAAAGCCACUGCAUAAAAGAUUAUUAUUCUGGUCAAUCGAUGAGACAAGCAUGGUAUUCUAUCUAUGGACUACUGUAGUGUUCUUUGGUUGUUUUUACAACCUUGUAACCAUUGUGAUUAUGGUAUUCGAAGAAGUGCGGAGAAAUUUCUACGAUUCAUGGAUUAAAUAUAAUAUUGUAUUUGACUGCAUAUUCCUCUGUGAUCUUUUUGUUCUGACAAGAAGACCUGCCCAUGUUAAUGAAGUAAAAGAGAAAAAGCCACUGCAUAAAAGAUUAUUAUUCUGGUCAAUCGAUGAGACAAGCAUGGUAUUCUACCUGUGGACUACCGUAGUGUUUUUUGGUUGUUUUUAUAAUCUUGUAACCAUUGUGAUUAUGGUGUUCGAAGAAGUGCGGAGAAACUUCUACGAUUCAUGGAUUAAGUACAAUAUUGUAUUUGACUGCAUAUUUCUCUGUGAUCUAUUUGUGCUGACAAGAAGACGUGAGUAUAUAUUGUCUUCAAAUUGGAGUUAA